UGCAUAGACAUGGAAGCUGCAGAGAACAGUAGAGAGAGAAAACAGAGAACAUGAGAGAGAGAGAGAGAGAGACAGACAGAGAGUGUGUGUGUGGGAGGAAGAAAACAAGUUAGAGACUGUUUUUGUAUAAAUUUUCUCAAUCAAUUCUCUCUAUAAAUUUUCUUACAUGGUAAAAAAAUCCCAAUGUAUGCAAUUAUAUAAAUUUUGAGAGAGAAAGCAGAGCAGAAAAAGACCAACAACUGUAGUCUUUCUCGCUCUACAUUUCCAUGCAAAAAUGCUCAAUCUGCUAGUAAGUUUAAUCCUUUUUCUAUUGGAUGUAACUCAACUUUUCUGAUCUCCCAAUCACCACUCACCCCACCAACAAAACAAUGCACACACAAAAAAAGCACAAUAAAGCUUGUUUUUUUUUUUGCUGUGCAUCACCUUUUUUCAUGGCUUUGCUAUAGCUGAUUUUUGACUGCCAUUGAUUGUGGGGCUAACCCAGAAAUCAUUGCUGCUCGUACUUUGUCAGGCAAAAAGCUAGGGUUCAUGAAUUAGCGUAUAUUCCUGUCUUAAUCAUAAACAUUGCCGAGAUUAAGCUUCUUUCCUGUGAAGAUUUUGUGUAGUUGGGAUUUUAAAAUUAGUCUGGGUUAUUCUUGAAUGAGUGUGGAAUGUGAUGAGAAAUGAGUGUUAGGGUUAGGAUUUUGGUGGGUGAGAAGACUUGUGUAGUUGGGAUUUUAGGCUGAUCUGGGUUUUCGUGAAUGAAGGCGAAGAGUGUGGAAUGUGAUGAGAAAUGAGGGUUAGGGCUAGGGUUUUGGUGGGUGAGAGAUGGGUUGUGUGUUUGGGAGAGAGAUUUCGUCGUCCGGACAGCCUAGCUUGGAGGUUGUAGUAGUAGAGAAGGGGAGAGAGAAGGAGAGGCAGAGGGAUUUGGCAGUGCCAUCUGUGGAGAGGAUUACGGUUGUGAAAGCCGAGGAGGGCGGCGAGGUUGAGAAUGGUGGUGAUCAUAAGGAGGAGCAUAAGGAUGAGAGUACAAAGUCAAGAGGAGAGAGAAGGAGGUCUAAGCCGAAUCCAAGGCUGAGCAACCCACCAAAGCAUGUCAGUGGCGAGCAAGUGGCUGCUGGGUGGCCAUCUUGGCUCUCCGCUGUUGCCGGUGAGGCAAUUAAUGGGUGGACGCCUCGGCGAGCUGACACUUUUGAGAAAAUUGACAAGAUUGGGCAAGGCACGUAUAGUAAUGUGUACAAAGCUAGGGAUGCUAUUAGUGGGAAAAUUGUUGCAUUGAAAAAGGUUCGAUUUGACAAUUUGGAGCCAGAGAGUGUGAAAUUUAUGGCUAGAGAGAUUUUGAUUCUAAGACGGCUGGAUCACCCCAAUGUUGUGAAAUUGCAAGGUUUAGUGACAUCAAGGAUGUCUUGUAGUUUGUACCUUGUGUUUGAAUAUAUGGAUCAUGAUUUGGCUGGACUCGCUUCGAGCCCAGGAAUCAAAUUCACCGAGGCUCAGGUCAAGUGCUAUAUGCAUCAACUAUUGUCGGGGCUUGAACAUUGUCACAAUCGACAUGUGCUGCAUCGUGAUAUUAAGGGCUCAAAUCUUCUUAUUGACCAUGGAGGGGUUCUUAAGAUAGCUGAUUUUGGGUUGGCCUCAGUUUUUGACCCUAAUCACAAGCAGCCAAUGACUAGUCGGGUGGUUACCCUAUGGUAUCGGCCCCCGGAACUACUUUUAGGGGCCACUGACUACAGUGUAGGUGUGGACCUAUGGAGUGCAGGUUGCAUUCUUGCCGAGCUGUUGGCUGGGAAGCCUAUCAUGCCUGGUCGAACAGAGGUGGAGCAGCUGCACAAAAUAUUCAAGCUAUGUGGCUCUCCUUCUGAAGAAUACUGGAAAAAGUCGAAGCUGCCACAUGCAACCUUAUUUAAGCCCCAACAAUCAUACAAAAGAUGUAUAGCAGAGACAUUUAAAGAUUUUCCACCGUCAUCACUGCCGUUAAUUAAGACACUUCUCACAAUUGACGCUGAACGUCAAACUGCCACAGCUGCAUUGAGGAGUGAAUUCUUCAUAACCAAACCUUAUGCUUGUGAUCCUUCAAGUCUUCCAAAAUAUCCUCCCAGCAAGGAGAUGGAUGCUAAACGACGGGAUGAAGAAGCUAGAAGACUUAGAGCUGGUAAAUCCAAUGCUGAUGCUGUGAAGAAAACUCGUACGCGUGAUCGAGCUGUAAGAGCAAUCCCUGUUCCGGGAGCCAAUGCUGAGCUGCAAGCUAAUCUUGAUAGGCGGCGUCUAAUAACGCAUGCAAAUGCCAAGAGCAAAAGUGAGAAAUUUCCUCCCCCACACCAGGAUGGAACACUCGGUUACCCUUUAGGUUCUUCACAUCACAUGGAUCCAGCAUUUGACCCUCCUGAUGUCCCAUUCAGUUCCAUGAAUUUCUUGUAUUCAAAACCAUCCAUCCAAACUUGGUCUGGCCCAUUGGUGGACCCUGGUGCUGUCGGUGCUCCCAGAAGAAAGAAAGAUAAGAAGUCUGCUCGGAUCAAGGGGAAUGAAGGGUUGUAAUAUAAUCUCUGGUUCUUACGGGAGAUACAAUUCAUGAAUUUACAUGUGUUGCUGGACCAGUAUGCCUUUAAUACAAACCAGAAUACCUGUUAAAUUGCAUUGAGAGAGUAAAAUAUCUUGUGUGUCAUAUUUCUUUUAUGUCCUAUUUUUUGGAUUGGCGAGAAGCUUCACUGAGCAUUGUACAUGUUAAUUUUUAAUUAUCCUUUUGUGUUGGCAACUAGUUCAAAUUCUAAUAAAUAUGUCAAGAACCUUUAUUUUUGUCUUUCUUCUA